AUGCCUCGGUUAUUUGACGAUGUUGAAAACGCGGAAGUGAGCGAGCUCAUGUCUCAAAUGUUUGGAGAGGCUGGGCCGGCCGCGUCCAGCAGCCAGAUGCCACCACCAGACCUUCCCCAUUCACCGGAAGAUGCUCAGGUUUCAUCGGCUGAACGUUUCGCCUCACUGGUUCACUCACCGGUUUCGCCGGCCUUCAAAUCAGCUCGAUCUUCGACGCGAUCUUCACUGGCUAGGCAGCUUAAUGGCACGGGAGACACGGCAAAGAGUCCAGCGCAAUCCAAGGACGUCAAAGACGGUGAAGUGACCUCAUCAACUCCUGCUACACCAAGACAGUCGUCCAGGCGUCAAGCCAAGCCUGCUCGCAAAGCCGCAUCUCCUGUGAAGCGAGAGACGCGUGCAAAGAGAACCGUUGCCGUGAAAACCGCGAUCCGAAAGUCUGGACGACCAGCCAGGGCACAGCCAGCCAAAGCACAACCAACCAAGGCAAAGUCGGCCAAGGCACAACCAGCAAAGCGCAGGGGAAGGCCUCCUGCCGGAAAAGCUACGGAUUCCAAGGCCACCGGUAAAGCUAAAGGGAAGGGGCAAGAGUGGGAGGUUGAGAAGAUUGUCGACUCCAGAAUUGAAGAGGAAACCUUUGAGCACUACUUCAGGGUCAAGUGGAAGGGCUUCAGCGACAAGGACAACACGUGGGAGCCAAAGAAGAAUCUGGCCAAUUGCAAAGAUCUAGUUGAAGCCUAUGAGAAGAAAGCAGGGAAGAAAUGA